AACUUCAAUGGAUUUGUAUACAAACGCCAAAGUGACAUUUAAUGUCGAGUGAAAAUUUUUUUUUUUUUUUUAAAGAAACAAUUAUUGUUGUAUAAAGUAACUUAAAAAAAAGACCAAUCAUGGAUAACGAUAAAAAAACUAUGGUGGCUAUGCUACAGCUUCUCAGAAAAUAUAAUUUCAAAAAUACUGAAGAUUUAUUUAGAAAAGAAGCCAAUUUAAGUGAUGUACAGCUCGAGGAAAGCCAACAAACUGAUUCAGAAGUAAGCAAUGUUUUAUCCGCUUACAAAAGCGAAGGUGAUCCUGCUCUUUAUGAAAAAUCUUACAGUGAAUUAAAACAAUUUGUCGAGGGUUCCUUGGAUAUUUAUAAGCAUGAAUUGGGUACAAUUUUAUAUCCUGUUUUGGUAAACAUGUAUCUGGAAUUGGUAUACAAUAAUCAUUCUAUACAAGCUAAAGAAAUAUUGGAAAAAUACAGUGAAAAUUUGGAGGAUUAUUAUCAAGCCGAUUUGAAACGUUUGUCGAAUGUCACAAAACGAGAACAAAUGGAUGGAAAUGAACUCAUUGACACGUUCAAAUCAAAUCAAUUUAUAAUAAGAAUGUCAAGGGACACGCUAUCAAUGUUAAAACGUCACUUACAGGAAAAGAAAUGUAAUAGCUUGUUAAAUAUCAUUAAUGAGCGACUUUAUUUCGAUAUGUAUGAAGGUGUUGCUAGAAAUAAACAACAAAUUGAAGCCACAUCAGGAGCAAUUUUAGGAGAAGCGACAAGACAAGAUAAUAAAGCAAAAGUCUAUUAUGGACUUUUAAAGGAGCCCGAAAUUCAAUGUGUGAAUCCUCCCGAGGAAGAGGAGGAAGAUACGGGAGGUGGAGAAGGAGAUAAACCAAAGAAAAAGAAACCGAAAAAAGAUCCUCUAUUCUCAAAGAAAACAAAAUCUGAUCCCAAUGCACCUCCUGUUGGAAGAAUGCCUUUACCAAAUUUAAAAGAUGCGGAUAAAAUGGAGAAAAUUAAAGCUCUCAGAGAAGCAACAAAACGUGUUCAACUUGGUCCAGAUUGUUUACCUUCUAUUUGUUUCUAUACUCUUUUAAAUGUUGUUCACAGUAUUACGGCCGUGGAAAUAUCGGAAGAUUCAAGUUUAUUGGGAGUUGGAUUUAGCGAUUCGGUUAUAAAAGUUUGGAGUCUUCUUCCACAAAAAUUGAAAGUAAUGAAAAAUUCUGAACAGCUUGCUGAAAUUGUGACAGAAGCUGAUGAUGUAUUGGUGAGAAUGAUGGAUGAAAGAACAUCAGAAUCGGUGAAGCUUUUAUAUGGACACAGUGGACCAGUAAAUUGUUUAUCAUUUAGUCCUGAUAAAAAUCUCUUAUUAUCAUGCUCUGAAGAUACAACAGUGAGAUUGUGGUCUCUUCAUACAUGGACGUGCGUUGUGUGCUACAAGGGACAUUUAUUUCCUGUAUGGUACGUGAAAUUUUCUCCUCAUGGUCAUUAUUUUGCAACAGCCAGUCAUGAUAAAACAGCAAGACUUUGGGCAUCCGAUAGUCCUCAACCACUUCGAAUAUUCGCUGGUCACUUUUCAGAUGUUGAUGUCGUUCAAUUUCAUCCGAAUUCAAAUUAUAUAGCCACAGGUUCAAGUGAUAUGACUGUUCGAUUGUGGGAUUGUGUUACUGGCAGUCAAGUGAGAUUAAUGACUGGCCACAAGGCUCCAAUAUAUGCUUUUGCUUUUUCUAUAGAGGGUCGAUUUUUGGCUUCUGCAGGUGCUGAUCAUCGUGUGCUUGUUUGGGAUCUUGCACAUGGACAUUUAGUCGCUGCAUUAUCCGGACAUACAAGCAUAAUUCAUUGUCUUUCAUUCAGUAGAGACGGAACACUCCUUGUAUCAGGUGGGUUAGAUUGUACAAUAAAGUUAUGGGACUUUACGAAAUUAGCGGAGGAAAUGAGUUUAGAGGAUGUUAAUGUAUCUCAUAAUCCCGAUGUAAAAACAAAUGCCGACUCCUAUCUUUUGAGAACAUUUGCAACGAAAAAUUCAUCAAUUUUUGCUCUUCAUUUUACCCGCAGAAAUCUGCUUUAUGGUGUCGGUAUGUUUGAAUCCUAACCAUAGUGAAAUUUAUAAUUAAAUUAAAAUCAAUCGUGUGAACUGUACAAACUCAUUUUUUGUAUUUGUAACAUAAAAGUUGUUCAUAAUAAAAGUUUAAUAUUAAUAAUAAUAA